AUGGGUUGUGAUGGAGGAACUAUUCCUAAAAGAGAUGAAUUAGUGAGGACUAAAAAAAAACCAGAACAAAAAGAUAAACAAUCUGAAUUGUCAUUUAAAUGGGGACAUUGUGCAAUCACCCAAGAGCCGUUAAAAGCGCCUAUCGUUGCUUGUCAGCUUGGAAGGUUAUACAAUAAAAUGGCCAUAUUAGAAUCGCUUCUUGAUCAAUCUGGAUUGCCCGAUGGAUUUAAACACAUUAAAAAUUUACGUGAAGUGAAAGAACUUAAUUUAACUAAUAAUCCAGCUUUUAAAGAUUCUGAUACAAAAGGUGAUUCAUAUAACGACAAUGUUUCUCCAUACAUAUGUCCAGUAAUUGGUUUAGAAAUGAAUGGAAAGUACAGAUUUGUGUACUUUUGGUCUUGUGGAUGUGUCAUAUCUGAAAGAGCACUUAAAGCUGUAAAGACUAAAAUAUGUCAUAAAUGUCAAAAACCAUUUUCUAAUAAUGACAUAAUAAUUCUUAAUGGUACAGAUGAAGAUUUGCAGCUAAUGUCUGAUUUAAUGAAAGAAAGGCAAAAAGAAUUAAAAGCUAAAAAGAAACAGGACAAAAUCAACAAAAAAUUGGCAGAUAGUAGUAAACUUAAUGCAGAGGGAGAAAGUUCAAAUUCUGAACUUUCAUUGUCUAAUAAAAGUAAUUCAGUAUCGAAAUGUUCGAAUUCAACCAAACACUGCAUAAAAAGACCUAAUAAUGGAGUUAAUAUGCAAAUUGAAGAUCCACAAUUUAAGAAAACAAAGUUAGACUAUAGUGUUGCCAAAGAUCCAAAGGCAACUGAGGUUUUUAAGUCCAUAUUCACUUCUCAUAAAAGUGCAGAUAAACAAAUAAAAGCCCAUUGGGUCACUUAUAAUCCAUUUUAUAAUUAA